AUGUCUAUCGGAAUCCCUUCUACCUCGACCCUGAACAUCGAGACCAAGGAUGUCCAAACAGCCCCGGGUAUCACGCUCUCACAAGAACAGCAGACCGUCGUAGGGUCCAUCCUAGACCUCUUCGCAGGUCGCCCCUCCCUCCCUAAACUCGCCCUCUGGCGCGACGACGCUACUUUCGCCGACCCACUCACCAUCGCAACUGGCCGAGACCGCUACGCUGCGCAAUGGUACGGUCUUCAGUCAGCCUUCAGCGAGAUUGAACGCCUGCAUCAUCAGGUGAAGGAUGCGGGUAAUCCGAUCUUGCUGGACUUGAAAACACGAUAUGUGAUCAAGGGGAUCAAUAAGGAACAGACGAUUCAGAGUGUGGUUGCUAUUCAUCUUGAUGACCAGGGCAAGAUUAGCAAGGUGGAGGACAAGUGGGACGGAAAGUUGCCGGAUGGUGCGAUUAGCAAUGCUUUCCGACACCUCAAUGCCGUUACGGUACCGAAGAUAAUCAGCGUACCAAAAAACGCAGAGGAAGAUGCGAAGAGGGGCAACUAG